AUGGACGAGUACGACGUGGAUGGCGCAGAUAUCCUGGUACUCCGCGAGAAGUUGAAUCGGGUCUCGCGGCUUUCGCUCAACAUAAAUAAGUCGCUGAAAAAAAUAGGAAAAGCCACCAUACAGUCUAGUGAGCUUUUCACGCCCAUUAUUCAAUCAAAUACUGCCUUAGGUGUAUUGCAGCGCAACAUUGAAGGUAGUCUAGAUGCUGUUUCUUCUAUAAAGGAUUUGGCGAACGACGCUUCAAAACAUGAGCUCGUGUUGACGCAAGGGAUCGAAGCUGUGGGGUUGAAGCCCUACAUUAAGGCAAUUCGCAAGCUUCAGGGCAUACAGGAAAGCAUGGAUUAUCAAAACCAAGUUUCACCAGAGUCAAGCGAAUUUCAGGGUAUCAGAACACAUUUAUCGCAGAUUGUUCAAUCCAGUGAAGAGGCGCUGAGAACGCAUUUCACCAUUAUCCUGCGAAAGAUCGAACCUUUUGAUCCACAAAUUAAUUUGAACAAAAAGGUACCGUUUCCUUACUACGAAGAUAGUGACUUAUCACAGCUCACAGACAUAAUAAAUUUCUUUGGCGGGUCCAGUAGUUCGCCUUUGGUGGCCAUACUUGCCAAUAAUAGAAGCCAGUUAAUUCUAACCAGCUUGGCAUUUUUAGAGCCUUUUGCUAAGCAGAUCACGACAAAUGAAAACGUGCCCUAUAGGAAAGGCAGCAGCGGUUUUUUGAACUAUACAGAAGCCUUGCUCGGCUUUAUUGCCAAUGAAUACAUGUUUACAGAGGACAUUCUUGCCAAAAAACCAAGCUUCCGCGACCAAGUGUUUGCGAACAUCGUUACACCGGUACUCAACAACUAUGUGAAGCUUGUGAAGCUCAACAUUUCCCUCAUAAAAAAGAAUGUCUUGAAUGUUGGCCUUUUUACAUUCGAGUUAAGCGACUGCGUCGGUAAUGCCCUGAAAUUUCUGAGAAAUAAACCUUUAGAAAAUUACACCCCUCUAGUUAGUUCCCUCGAUGAGUCUACUUCGAUAUUGCAGUCAUUGUUCCGCGACUUGAUUGUUUACAUUGAGAGUAAAGCUUCCCAGCUCUCCCAAUUGCCAAGCGAUAAUGGUGUGAUUGAGUCUACGAUAGAUGUUAUGUCUCGACUCCGGAAAUUCAGUGAGUAUAAACAAGGCUGCCUCAACUGCAUAGUGGGCAUGAGGCGGGAAGAAUGGCUUCCGAAAGACUAUAAUGAGAAAGAGUAUACCCUACAAGAGCGCAAGCAGAUUAAUAGCAAUACCGCCUUACUCUCGUGUUUUUUUAGCGAUUGCAUCGACUGUCUCAUUGUUUCUCUGGAAAGGAGAGCUCAACGAAUUCUCAUGCCAAACCAAGAACCAGACAUAGCGAAUCCUACAAGCCCUCGCAAUACCUUCAAGCAGCGCAUUGGAUUUUUCUUGAUUACAAACAUAACACUAAUUGAACAGAUUGUUUCCCGGUCAGAACUAAACUCAAUACUAGGUGAACGAGGUAAUGCCCGGCUUGAGAAACUGAAGAAGCGCUAUGUCAACUACUUUGUUUCUGAUUGGCGAGCACUCACUUCGAAUUUGCUAGACGCUGUUUUUGUUGAUAGCUCUGGCAAAGUUUCGGCCAAAGAUAAAGAUCAAAUCAAAGAAAAGUUCAAAAAGUUCAACGACGGAUUCGAAGAACUUGCCUCAAACUUUAAGCAUUUUAGGAUAUCGGAUCCUGCAAUGAAGAAGCUUUUGAAAAGCGAAAUUAAUUCUUUGGUACUGCCCUUAUAUGAAAGAUUUCAUGGACGUUACAAAGAUUCGUUCAAAAAUCCAAGGAAACAUAUUAAAUAUACUCCCAACGAGUUAUCCACAGUUCUAAACUCGUUAGAUAGGUAG